AUGCCUUUGUGCGGAGGGGCCCCCAAACCAGACGGUGCGUGCGGUAAAACAUCGCUUUUGAACGUGUUUACAAGAGGAUACUUCCCGCAGGUAUACGAACCAACAGUGUUUGAAAACUACAUCCACGACAUAUUCAUCGACGGCCAACAGCUUCAACUUUCGCUGUGGGACACUGCUGGGCAGGAGGAGUUCGACCGACUGAGAUCGCUUUCGUACAGUGACACGCACUGUAUCAUCCUAUGUUUUGCUAUUGAUUCACACGACUCGUUGGAGAACGUCAAGAACAAGUGGGUCGGAGAGAUCCUGGAACACUGCGAGGGCGUGAAACUGAUUUUGGUUGGUUUGAAGGCGGAUCUGAGAAGCACAGACCCAGAUAUUGGCCAGGACGAGCUCCUGGUGAACAACGCUCCUUCUGGAAGGAAGCUGGUUCCGUACGAAGACGGAGUGGGCGUGGCCAAGGAGAUCGGCGCGCUGAGAUACCUGGAGUGCUCGGCCAUGAAGAACCGCGGAGUGAACGAGGUCUUCACGGAAGCUGCCCGUCUGGCACUCACUGCCAAGCCAAAGGGAGCAGGCACCGCCAACGCCGCCACAGAGAACGAGGGCACGAGCUGUGUGGUGAUGUGA